AUGACUAACGAAGAAAACGUUAAUAAUAUUAAUAAUACAAAUGAAGAUGACCUCGAUUUUGAGGAAAACGACUCAAAUACCUGGACUGCUUGCGGUCCCAUGGCAAACUUACCCACAGAAAUUUAUUGUGGAAACUCUCUCGAGCCUGUUGUUAAGAAAAAAAUUUUUCAGGCUGAACCUCGAAAUAAAGAUAUAUCCUUUACACCACUCAAGAUGGAACAACGCAUGUUAUCCAUCAUGUCCCGUUUUGAUAAAGAAACUGACAAAAACUAUAGUAGACUGCUCUAUAAAACGUCCUCAGUUCUUAGACCGAUCGAUAAUACACUCAGGAUGGUUUAUGCUUCAAAGCCGACCGAAGACUCUGGAGAUUCUUACGAGUCUUGGCUCCAACUUGAACAGACAGUACUCAACUCAAGAGCCCUCCUUUUGGACGCCUCAUCAUACGGAAACGACCUACGUAGGGAACUGGCACUUAAGAACCUCUCUUCCAAUUAUAGAAAACCUACCGGUCAACGAGGUGUUUUCGGGGAUAAACUACCAGAGUUGGUUCAACAAGAAAAUGAAAUUAACAAAUUGUUUAAUGAAGCUGCUUUUCAAAAGAAAUGA